AAUCCUGACGUCAGUUUGUUUACAGGAGGUCCGCAAGUCAGGCAGCGCGGGGAGGGAUAAGCGUGGUGUGCAUGUUUUGCCAUAUAUUCCUCAUAUUCCUAUCAUCCGAGAGCUGUUUCCCUAGACAUGGCGAAAGCAGUGGCCCAGAGCAUCAGACUCAAGCCUCACCGGGAACUCUUCGACCCUGACUUCGAGGGGUACAAGUUAUCCAGUGACAGCGAGUUGACUGUCUACUCCCGCCCAGCCUCUGACGGUGUGCAGCACAAGGUCUGUCAGUCCACAUGUUACCUGCACACCAGACUGCAGGCACUCCACAACCACCUGUUCCAAGACCCAUUCCAUCCCCUCUCUGUGUACUUCUUCAACACCAGAGGCCACCUGGUGAAGUGCAGCUACUCGGAGGGAUCAAGACUAAGUGUAGGGGAGGCGACCUGGCAGGCAGAGAUUGGGGAGGCAGCAGAAGGGGAGGGAGACUAUUACUAUCCACCAAGCCUCAAGUUUCCAACCUCUGAGCUGGCCGUGGUGUCAGACGGCCGAGGGAAGCUGUCUGUGCUGAAGACUGAGGACCGCGCCAGCACACACAGCUGGGUGGCAAGUUUUGAGACGAAGAGUGACCACGGUGUGCUUGCUUAUGCAGGAGUGAAGGGUGACAACAGGGAGCUGCACUGUCUCCUUGUCUCCAUCACAUCACCCAGCAAACUCCACGAGGAUCCAGAUCUUGUGGUGGCAGACGAGGCUUUUUGCUCAAAAACAGACACCACAGUGCACCUCAUCCGAUGGCUUGUUCUUGCUGAGAAAGAGUCAGGGUGGGAGGUGAGCUGCAGCAGGGCAGUGGCUGGCCGAGGUGUGCUGGAGUACUGUACUGUGGAUAGUGAAGGAACAGGCCUCCUGCUACUGUGUCAUUCCAACUACUUCUUUGUGGGUGACUCAGUGAAGCCUGUCACCAAGCCAAACCCUCAGCCAGAAAAGUCUUCCAAGGAACAGCCAAAGUUUACCUUUCAGCAGAAUGAUGAGGAUGUCACUGUUUGGCUGAAGAUUGGGUCAGCCACCAAGGAUGAGAUGCAGGUUAAAAUCACUGUGAAUGAAUUGGAUGUGCACAUCAAAGACACACCCUCCCUCCAGGCACACUUUCUGCACCCCAUCAAGGAAGACUUGGCCACAUGGACCAUUGGUGAUGAGAAGCUUGAGCUGGUGUUGCCCAAGGCCAUCAAGGGGGAGAGGUGGCAGUCCCUCUUCUCCUCCGAGGAUGACGUGUGGGGGGAGGAGGUGCUCGACCCAGCCAUGCUGGAAGAAAUAAACCAGAACCUUGCCCAUCUCACCUCAGACAAACUGAACCCUGAUCCAAACCUAGACAAGCCAGCAUAUGAUCCUGAGCAGCUUGAGGACUGUGACACGGCAUCUGAGGACUUGCUUCUCAUGCGCCUGGAUGGCUCCUCCCACCAGUUGACAAACUAUGGCCAGCUGGGAGCCACUCAACACCUCUUCAAUAUGCAGGUGGAUGAGGCAAGUGUGCCAGCUUUCUGCAUCAGACAUGAUGUGGAUGCUGUAUUGUGGCAGCCAAAGAGGGAAGUCCAGUUUGACCACCUGGCCACCUAUCACGCCUUUGGCUUCGUGAGGGCCUCCAAGACCACUGCCAAGUUUACAUGUGGAGCACAAGAUCUGUCGUACGUGGCUGUGGCAGAAGUGCGGAGCCACGUGUAUGUGUUCUUCCAGCCUGAGGGUCUGCAGGGGGAGCUGCGAAACAGGAAGUCGGGCCGUCGCCUCCACAAAGUGUCCCGCCAGCUGGUGAUCUCCCUCAAGAGCCACUCCGAGGUGCUGGGUCUGUGUGCCACACCCAACAUUCUCUUUGUGCUAACAGACAAGAUGCUGUAUGCCUACUGUGUGCAUAACUCCUAGUGUUGUGAUUUGUAUUUUGGCAUCAUCAUUCUGCUUAAGUUUUUACAUUUUUCCACAAGAUUACACAUUGUUCUGCAUCUACGUGAAGUUAGAGUCUGAAAAUUUAUAUAAGUUUCAUUCCACAGAUGGAGUAAGUUUUGAAUUGUUAUUGUAAUGUAACUUUCACUCGGACCUCCUUUUAGCAGCCAAGGGAGUAGAAGAAACAGUGUGUCAGAGGAAACAAAAGAACUGUCUCUCUCUCUGCUGCUUGUUUUGUGUAUCCUCAGUCCUUGUAAGCACUGUAAUGAAAGUAAUGAAAUACUGUACACUUGAAAUGGUAUUCAGGUAAGAGCAUUUCACAUACACCAUCAAAAUUAACUAAUGAGUAGGAACUCUCUCUCUCUCUCUCUCUCUCUCUCUCUCUCUCUCUCUCUCUCUCUCUCUCUCUCUCUCUCUCUCUCUCUCUCUCUCUCUCUCUCUCUCUCUCUCUCUCUCUCUCUCUCUCUCUCUCUCUCUCUCUCUCUCUCCACAGUCUGCCAUUACAAGAUUAAAGUAUGCAACACAUUGCAGGUUGUAAUAGUUAUUGACUGUGGUAAAAAGAAAACUCAUACAGGGUUGAAACUCCAUUUGUCUCCCAAGAACCUAGAAAGUGGGUGUAAAAGGCUGGUGACACCCAGACAGAGGGGUGCUUCAAUGAUAGGCAGUGUUAAUGAUGGAGGUUUUCUUUAUCUGGAGACCUUUCCCAUCUUUUUAGUUACUGGUGAAUGUAGUCACUUAAAGAGGAUUUAUCUUUGGACCAGUGAGUAGGUUGAUAUUGUUAAAUAGACCUAGUUUAGGUCCCUGGGAAUUAUGCAAGUUGAUACUUAAUGUUCUGCAUGUGUGGUGUUUUAUGCUGAGUAUACGUUACUCACCUAAUUGUACAGGUUAGGCAAAUUAGUACCGGAACAUUCUGCUCAUGUCUGUACAUCGAAACCUCGGUUCACGAAUGUUCCUGUUCCAUAACAUGUUUUUGCCUCGGUCCAUGAAUGGUGUUCCAGUAUGCGAACGCACAAACGCCUCGCAAAUCCCCUCAACUGCCAAGCACACUUGUGUUUUGGCGCCCCUGCUAUGAACAGUAAAUAUCAUACACUGGCAAGUCUUAGGCGUCAGGCCAUGUUUGAGAGGCCUAGACAUGGGUCCCCCUGCCCUCUCCUACCUUCAAUAAAAUGCAUACCUUCAUAUUUAGCCUACCAUUUCUUACUUUGACUUUCAGGAUGUUUGGAAAGAUGAUUCGAGAGGAAAUGACACGAAAUUUCACCUUACGUCAAACAUUGGUUGGCUGGAAGGGAACGUUGGAGUACAUGAGUCUGUAAGGCAGGGAUUUUUGCUCUACGCAUGACAGCACAGCAUGUACUCUGCCACCCCUUCACAUUUCACCUCGUGUUACAAGUGGAUAAUGGGGGGGGGGAGGUUGGACAGGUUCCCAACACCCCAUUCUAGGACUGUGUUCCCCAGUAGUCUUUCCUUCCCUUUCCUUCCUUCACCCUCUUCCUCACCUCUCUCUCUCUCUCUCUCUCUCUCUCUCUCUCUCUCUCUCUCUCUCUCUCUCUCUCUCUCUCUCUCUCCACA